UAAAAUAGCACUUCAAUCACAUUUUUAAUACGUAUUUUUCGUUUUUAUGCUCUAUCGUCGUGCAAGAGACUGGCGACACCUGUGACAGUGUGCAGGAUCACGUGACUUUGUGGGGUUCCAAAUUAAACGUUAACGGAUGUAAAAAGACCGGUUUGGGCGAACACUAUAUGCGUUUUAACAAUGGGAUGUAUAAGCAGCAAACCACGCCAAACAGCGGUCGGACCACAGAAAACAGACGUUUCAAAUGUUAAAUCAGUAGAAAAAAACGUGAAAGUACCGGUAGUUGAAUCGCCCCCAGAAGGGAUACACGAGUUCGCAGACAUUGAUAAGCAUGUCCAAAAGGCACCUUCAGCGCUAAAGGAAUCCGUCGAAUCUCUUGUGAAUUACGUGAUGACGAAAACUAAGAACCAACGACUUCAAGUGCGAGGGUUUUUUGUUUGGAUUGCAGAGAAUAUAAGGUACGAUAUCGAUGGUUUACUGGGCCGAAAGCCACGUGCACCGAAUGACGUCACGUCCGUCAUGAAAAAUGGACUGAGCGUCUGUGAAGGUUAUGCUAGUGUGAUGGAAGCCCUCUGCAGGUCUGCAGGGAUAGAGGUAAAGAAACUCUCUGGGUUUUCGAAGGGGUUUGGAUACGACGCGGAUAAGCCGUUUACAGAGUCAAGCCAAACCGACCACGCCUGGAACGCUGUACGUCUUAAUGGGAUGUGGUUCUUAUUGGACUGCACAUGGGGCGCUGGUCAUACGGACGGGCAGAAUUAUAUCAAAGCGUUCGAAGAGUUCUACUUUUUGACCGAUCCUGCGCAAUUUGUUAACAAUCAUUUUCCAUACAUGAAUAAUGAUAUGGCAGAAAGCAUGAAAUGGCAGCUAUUGAAAAAGCCCAUUACUCUUGGUGAGUUCAACAAAAACGCGCAUCUCAAACCACACGCUUUUGCUCUGGGUGUGACCCCUGAAAGUCAUAAGAGUGGAACGAUAACAAUGACCGAUGAAAUACAGCUUACAUUUAGAAGCAAGAACAAGAGAUUGGAUUACAAGGCCAAACUUUCUCAUUUGGAUGGACAAUCGUGGCGCGAAAAGGCCAAUGCUACAUUGGCCAGGAGUAUUGGUGAUUUGGGCGUAAUAAGAGUCCAUCCACCACUGACUGGAAAAUACAGGCUUGACAUUUUCGCAAAGGAAGGUUUAGGAGCCGGCGUAAUGGCACAGAUGGCAGUAUACGUUCUGCACUGCAAUUCUGUACGUGAUGGUGAUUUCCAAUUUCCGAUGGUUUACGCCUCCAUUUAUACGGAUCAAUGCGAGAUUGUCCAGCCUCAGAACGCUAAACUUCCGGCAAACAGUGAAAUUAAAUUUGAGAUAAGGGCUCCGGAUUUGGAUGGAAUCAGUGUGAAUCAGGAUCCACUUCGGAAAAAUGGGGGAAUAUUCAGUGGUGUAGUCAGAACUGGAGAAAAGGGCUUUGCAUAUGAUGUUUAUGUGAUUUUAAAAACAGGCAACAUGGAAGGAAUGUUCCAGUAUCACACUGUGUAAGCGUAAGAGCUGUUAAGGGAACUGAAGCACUUCGCGCUAAGCACAAUAUUAAUACUGGAAAAAAACUUUAAGCUUUUAAGUCGCGAUAUGCUUUUUAAAUCUUUGUUUGCUCUGUUUUAAAUUAACGUUUUCUGUUUAAAAUCACGAUUGUUUGUCUUAAUGAUGGUAUUGUUGCUUUGAUAUUUACAUGGUACAGUAUUUACCGGAAGUUCGUUUUAAUUAACUGUUUUUUUUAUGUGUUAAUGACAUAUACCGGUACUUUUUACAUGUAUAUAAUGAUAUUGAAUUUACAUAUUACUGAAUUAUUUCAAUAAUGUCUCAUGCAUUUCAAACAAUCUGAGCUCCCCAAUGAUCGCUCUCGACUUCCGGACAGCAGCGAGAGCGAGUUUAUCAAGUCUCCGCAUAUGGAUGCAGUCGGUGGACUUAUUAAGAAAAUGCUGUUAACCAGUAAAGGAACACUGAGGAUUAAAACAAAACUGGCAAAACUUUAUUGAUUUUCUAAUGUUUAUGGAACUGGACUUUGACUAGUAUUCGGAACCAACGUUGUAAAUCUUGAAAAGGACCGGUGUCGAGAGGUUGACAAUUCCCACUUAACUGAGAAGUGCCCGACCGCCAGUCAUUAAACAUUCGAAAAUCGCUCAAUAACGAGGUUGUUUGAUACCAAAGUUGUAAAAAGGGGCUAUUAUAAAGUAACGUGAUCAAAACGAUUCGCGAGAUGCGCUUGAAAGAAUAUUCCCAGUUUUAUGCACUGUAAGAUUUUAAGACAUGAUCAUCCCUUUGUUCUAAAUUUAUUAGACAUAUGUAUAGAUGGUAGAACGAUAUUCCUAUAUGUGUUAUAUUUUGAAGAUUUCAUGUGGUUGUAAUACUGUUACAUGAUAUGAAUGUGCUUCAUCCAGAGUAUCAAUGCAUUUGUGAGUUUAAAAGAGCCUCCAAAACUGAAGCCCAUUAAGUGCAUUACUUGUCCAUCGGACCGACGCGUAGGUGCUUUUCUGCGUAUAUUUGAAUAUUUGGUAUUUCAUAUACAUACCCAUAUAAAAGUUUACGUGUUCAUGCGUAUGACAUUGCAAGCAAUAACACUCAAGCGUCUUAAUCAGGAAUGAUAUUCUUGUUUUAUCCGCUAACUAAAAAACAGAACAUCUACUACAAACAAUAAAUAUUUAAAAUAGAGAUCACCACCUUUGAAAGGUCUUUGCAAACUAUUGAUUUUCGAAUACACAAAUCGACAUUUGGAACGAACGUUAUGGUUUGAAAAGGAAAUCGAAAAAAAAAAUACAGAGAGCUGUCUUAUAAAGCUUUCGAUUAAAUGGCAAUAUAUAUCAUAACAUCUAACAAACUGGAAGGCGUUUAAAAGUGUCUGUCAAUUACGAAAAAAAAAAUAUAUUGAAAAGUU